UUAAGUUUUAUAAAAGUUUUCACUCUAAAAAAAAUCCAAAUUAAAAUACAAAAACGUUUUCAUACAAUAAGUUAUACAUAUCCAAUGAAUAAAGUUUAUUUUCGACACAAUGCAGAAGAUAAUCAACUGCAAAUCAAUUUUAGAUAUAAAAAUUCUAACUUAAAUGUAGAUCGAGACUUCAAUUUUUGUAGAAACGCAAAUGAAAAUGUUAUUGUUUGUUUAGAUCGUAUUAAAAAUAAUAUUGAAAAAGAGUUCACCAAAAAAUCUAAAAAGAAAAAGCAAAAAAAAUCUGAAGCUGCUGUCGGCAACAAUCAGGAUAAAGAUAUCAUAGUCCCUGAGAUUCUAGUUCAACUUUUACAAAAUGACGAGCCUGUAAAAAAUGACGAAACAUUUGCUUCGAUAUUAAAUCUUUCGGAAGGGAAUGGGCUUGUGCUUCGUAUUUUAAAUGAUUAUUUCCAAAUUCAAUAUAAUAAGCCAUGGGUUUUGACGGUUACUUUACCUUCAGUUAUUCUAGCUGGAUACUACCUAUAUCCUAAUAAACUUGAAAUGCAAUACGCUACCAAAGAGGACUCAAUUGGAAUCUGGUAUAAAGGGAUUAUGCCAAAGUCAAAAAAUAUAAUGAAUAUAGUUUGGGAAAAAGUAGGUGAAGGGUUAUUCUAUUGCACAAAAAAUGAAGACAUCGGACAUUUAAUAAGAUUUGAAUUAAAGCCAAGUAACGGAAAGGAAUUUGGACCAACAAGUGAAGUUAUUUCAAAAACCGAAGUUCAAGCGGGUCCUGGAUUUUGUCCUUUUGAAAACCGCCAUUUAUUUACACAAUCGCGAUUAAAAGAUGACAGGUUCAGAGUAGUUUCAUAUAAUUUGUUAGCCGAUUACUAUGCCGACAGUGAUUAUUCAAGAAAAGAAUUAUUUCCUUAUUGCCCGCCAUACGCUUUAAAUAUAGAAUAUAGGAAACAGUUAUUUAUUAAAGAAAUUACUGGAUACAAUGCUGAUAUAAUAUGUUUACAAGAAUUAGAUUCCAAAGUUUUUGAAUUGGAUUUGGUACCGAUUUUGCAGCAAAAAAUGUAUGAAGGAAUUCUUCAGAAAAAAGGAUCCACCGCUGAGGGAAUCUGUAUAUUCUACCAAACCGUAAGAUUUGAUUUGAUUCGAUCCAUGAGUAUUAAUAUUGGAGAAAACAUUGCAAAUUUGAACAUCUUUUCUAAUCUGCAUUCCAAAAUUGCUGCAAACAAACCUUUAAUGGAACGAGUAACUGAUAGAGCAACUACAUUACAAGUAGUAAUUUUGAGGUCCAGAGAUACGGGGCAUUUUUUAAUUGUGGCAAAUACUCAUUUAUAUUUUCAUCCUGACGCUGAUCACAUUAGGCUAUUGCAAAUUGGGUUUUCCAUGAUUUAUGUUAAAAAUGUUUAUGAAGAAUUAUUGAAAGAAUACAAGUUAUCCUUAGAACAACUAUCAAUAAUAUUUUGUGGUGAUUUUAAUAGCGUUCCAGAAUGUGGUAUCUAUAAACUUAUGACCGAAAAGCACGUUGGAGAAGAUUUUAUUGAUUGGUCAAGUAAGAAAGAAGAAGCAGUGAAAAAUGUUUCCUUGGAACAACCAUUUGAUUUUGGUUCAGCUUGCGGAUGUCCGACAUACACAAAUUAUACCCAUUUGUUCUCUGGCUGUUUGGAUUAUAUAUUUUAUCAAAAAAAUAAUUUGGAGGUAGAACAGGUUAUUCCUCUGCCAACUGAUGAGGAAAUUAAAGCUCACAUAGCUAUUCCUUCUGUUGUUUUUCCAUCAGAUCACAUAGCUUUAGUUGCUGACUUAAAGUUUAAAUCAACAAUUUGAUUAUUCAGUACAAUUAGGUGGUAAACGAUACAACAAAACAUUAAAAGGAUACAAAUUUUCUAAGUUUUCAUAUUCUGGCUUCCGCUCUACACGAACGCGGC